CGGAAGCAUGUCCAGUGUGGUUGGGUAGGGAUAACACUCGGCAUUCUAGAGCCAGCUAAUCGUCUAGGCCUUGGAUCUGCACGGUCAGGAGCUACAAAAAUCAGGUUGGACCCGUGGAUAGGUAGGGAAGGGGCUUUCGGAGUUUGGCGUGCCCCGCCCCUUGCCCCGCCUCGGCUUCCUCGUGACCUCCGCGCCCCGCCCCCCGGUCGGGAGCCCCUCCGGCUGAUUGGUCCUCCGAGGCGUAUCCUUCGGCUGGCAGCCAGGCCUGCGCGUCACGUGGCCGAACGGCGUUCUGGGCGCCGGGCAGCGGGCCGCCGGGCAUGGACCCUCAGGCCGCCGGGGUUCAGGCGCUGGGGGCCGCGGAGCCGCCGCGGGGUCCGCCGCUGCUGAGCGCGCGGGGGGCGCCCCCCAGCCCGGGGGCUGCCUUUGCCCCAGCUGAGCACUGCGGUCAGGAGAGAGAGACUGAGAAGGCCACGGAUCGACUAGCCAGUGGCGCACAGAGCAUCUCUCAUGAUAGUCCUGCCCACGGUGAGGGCACCCCGUGUGAAGAGGAAGGCUUUGCUGUGGAUGAUGAGGAUUCUGAUGGGGAGCUGUCAGAAGGGGUGUCCGGCUGUCCACCCAAGGAACGGGCUGCGGAUCUUUUUAACGAGGACUGGGACUUGGAGUUGAAAGCAGAUCAAGGGAAUCCAUACGAUGCUGACGACAUCCAGGGUUGCCUUUCUCAAGAGGUCAGACCCUGGGUGUGCUGUGCCCCGCAAGGAGACAUGAUCUAUGACCCCAGUUGGCACCAUCCGCCUCCACUGAUACCCCAUUAUUCCAAGAUGGUCUUUGAAACGGGACAGUUUGAUGAUGCCGAAGACUGAGGGCUUAGCUUUUGCCCAGUGGGUGGGUGGGUCAAGGUCUCCUUUCUUUGAGGUGAGAUGUUACAUCAGAGGAAACAGUCCCAGUGAUUCCCCCCGAGUUGGGCACACAGACUGGUGUUAAAUAAGGUCCUCUGUCCCCCAGUUCUGUUGUUGUUGUUGUUGUUUUUAAUGAGCUCCUCCUCGGAUUGUGUGAGUGUUUAUGUCUGUGUCAGGGGGAGGAAUUGUGUUCUUUAUAAAUAAAAGUAGAAGAAAAAAUCAA